AUGUCGGAGCUGUACGCGAACAAGGUGUGCCUGUCGCCCAUGGUCCGCUCGGGCACAUUGCCGUUGCGCUUACUGUCGCUGCGCUAUGGAGCCGAUCUCGUGUACGGCGAGGAGAUCAUUGACAAGCGCAUCAUCUCGGCAGUUCGUGUGCCUAACGAUGUCGUCAAUGCAGUGGACUUCGUGAGUCGCAAUGGCGACUCCGUCGUGUUCCGCACAUGCUCGGAAGAGGCUGGAAAGGUGGUUUUCCAGAUCGGAACCGCCGACGCAGUGCUUGCACUCAAGGCAGCGGAGGCAGUAGCCCGCGACGUGGCUGCUGUGGAUAUUAACAUGGGCUGUCCUAAACACUUCUCCGUCCAAGGAGGUAUGGGAGCAGCGCUACUGCGGAAGCCCGAAGUGGCUUGCGAUAUUAUGAAAACACUGCGUCGGAACCUGAACAUCCCGGUGUCCUGCAAGAUUCGACUGCUGCCAGAAAUCCAAGACACGGUCGAUUUGGCUAGACGUCUCGAAGACGCUGGAGCCUGCGCAGUCGGUGUGCACAUGCGGCAGACCCACGAGCGUCCUCACGACAAGGCCAGCUGGGACCGAUUGGCGCCUGUUGUGUCGGCGCUGUCUGUUCCUGUACUUGCUAACGGCGAUGUGUUCAUGCACGAAGACAUCAAUAAACUUCGCAAACUUUCCGGUGCGUCUUCUUUCCUCAUCGCUCGCGGCGCACUAGCGAACCCGUCGAUUUUCCGGAAAGAAGGUCGCUUACCAAUUGAUCAAGUGGUGCGCGAGUACCUGAAGGCUGCUGCGGAGGUGGAUAAUGUGUUCCAGAACACCAAGUACAACGUGAUGCGUAUGAUUCCGAGCUCAUUGGAGGACGCGUACGCAAGCGGUAACAAGUACGGGUAUGCAAAGGAUGCUCACGUUGUUACCGUUCCGGACCUGGCUGCAACACGCAACGGCUUACAAAUGUACUCGCUCUGGGAUCUUCAGAACUACUAUAACCAGUAUCAGGAUCAGUUCCGGGCGAAGGCGACGGCGUUGGAAAAGAGCAAGAAUACGGAGGAUCCGACCUCCGAGACACUGACAACUUUACCAGGCGCACAUGAUCGCUACGCCGAGAAUACUGAACGAGAGGCCCCGAAAGCUCGAAACAAUAUCACUGGCAAGUCAGAGCUUUUCUGCGAGACCUGUAAGAUUCAAUUGUUGAGCGAGCAGGACGUAAAACUGCACUACAAAGGUCGAAAGCACAAGAAUGUGCUGCGUCGACAGACUUCAGCGACUAUUUCGAAGUUUGUGGCAAAAGCGCAGGUGGAGCAAAAUCCUGCAACAGGUGAGAGCAGGAAGGUUGUGGCAGAGAUCCGACAGCAUGAAGGCGAGGACAAGCGGGAUGUGAAACGUACCAAGCUAGAGGAUACAACUGCAGUCGCAAACGACAGAGCCCUAAAAUCCACCAGCUAG